CCACACGUGAUAUUGUUUGUGUCGUACUAUUAUCACAUUCGCAUGCAUUCACUCGAAUACGUGAUUAAACUUAAACUGAAAUACGAGCGAAAGUAUAGCGCUCAUAAUAGCUGAAGAAAUGUUUCCACGAAUCGUUUUAAUUGGUCAAUAAUUACUUUCGUUAUUAAUAUUAUCAAAUGACUUUAGAAAUUUCAACAUGAUAUUUUUGGCAUCGAACGAAAAAUUAAAUUUACUUUAAUUCUAUUAUAAUUCCAUAUCAAUGUGCACAAAAAUUCAGAAUCAACAAAUCAUCGAUGAAUUUCUCCGACAGAUUGGAACUAAAUAUAACGUAGCAAGAUGCACGAGUAUCAAUAAGUUUAAAAAUUUUUUUCAAUGUUUGGAUAAACUUUCGAAUCGAAGAAAAAUAAAAACUGUUAAGAAAUAUAUAAUCGUUUAGCAAAUACGUCUUAUAAUUUUCAUAAUAUCUUAAUAAGAUGUUGAAUAACCUUUGGAUUUGAUAAAUGAAUUGUACGAUAUUUCUGUAUUCAUUCGAUUAAUCAUAAGAUUCGCGUCCUUGACAAUAUUUUCUUUCAAUUGCGCUUCAUCGGUGAAAAAAAAAUAAUAUACAUAUUCGCAAUAAUUUACUACCAAUAUUAAUUUAUUAUUUCUCUUAAGAAUAUAUCUCUUUUGAUUUUCGGCUAUAAUAAUUUUUUCUUCCGUCACUUUGAAUCAAUAUUUAAUGCUUAUUUAACGUUUCUAAUAUUAUCUUUCUAUAUUUAUUUUUAAUUCCAACCACUUGAUCUCUAUUUUUUUCCUUUUUAAACAUAUAAUAUUUUUUACGUAUCGUAAAGUAAUAAAGUUACACACUUUUUAUCUCGUAUAUUUUUGUCCAGAUCUUUCAUCUAAACAAUUUAAUUUAAAUAUCCAUUGAAAUGUCACCGUUGAAAGUUCACCGUUGAAAACGUAACACGGUUUGAUUGUCUGCGUUCGAAUUCAUCUUAUUAAGAACAAUUUGAAUAACAAUUAUGUAAUGCUCGUUUAUCGAUGUACAUAUAAUAGAAGCGAUUUAUAGGAAACCUUCAGUUGUCAUAAACAAUGCGAUAGAACGACGAAUUAUGGCGUCUCAUAAUUUUCUUGUAAAAGUGCAAUAGAAAUGUUUAAUAAUUCGCCAGGGAAACGGCGCGAUCGUACAAUUGUUUUGAGAGAUUUGUUCAACUCACGUUCCGCUCGUCGCAUGUUUUUAAUGUAUGAAAACAUAUUGCGCAGACUUUAUACUUUAUCUCAUGCGUGAUUAUAUAUAAAAAAAAUACUAUUGAAAUCAUCAUCUCUCUGUCGAAGAAGAUGGGAUGGGAGGCGGAAAGUGGGGCACAAUUUGUUCAAACAUUGUAAUUAAAUGAGUUUAAAUUAGAAACUGCUCUGCAUGCGUGAUUUCUUAAUAUUUUUUUCAUAAUUAUUGUGCGUUCAUAUUUGUAUAAACGAUCUUUUUUUUUUUAUUCCCUUCUUUCUUAAUAAUCAUUCACGAAAAGAAAUCGUCAAAUUAUAUAAACAAGAAGAAACAUCUUGAAACCAGUUUCAAUCUUGAAAUAUUUAAAUAUCCCUUGAUUUUUACAAGUAUACUGAGCGACCAACUUCUUGGCGACGGAGAGGAGAAGAAGAAAAGGGUGACGUUGAACAUCGACACGAAAAUGUUAAAGAUUGGAUUUAUUGGAGGAGGCAAGAUGGCUCAGGCUUUGGCCAGAGGUUUCAUACGGUCUGGAUUAAGCAAAGGUGAAAUGAUGCUGGCUAGCUGUCUUCCGAAUGAUAUAAGUAGCAUAGAUGCGUUUAAGGAAAUAGGAUCAAAUACUGUAUUUUCAAACCAACCUGUAAUUGAUUAUGGUGAUGUAUUGAUUUUAUCAGUAAAACCACAGGUGGUUCCAAAGGUUCUUCCAGAGUUAAAGAAUUACAAAAAACUUUUACUUUCUAUUGCUAUGGGUAUCCCAUUGGCAUCAUUAGAAAAGGCCUUACCAGAUGGAACUCCGGUAAUUAGAGUAAUGCCCAAUACGCCAGUUCUUGUAGGUUGUGGUGCAACAGUGUAUGCUCGUGGAAAGUAUGCAGGCGAUAAAGAAGCUGAAAUAGCAGAAAAAUUAUUCUCCUCUGUGGGUUUAUGUGAAGAAGUACCUGAAAAUUUAAUUGAUCCCGUUACGGGUUUAGCUGGUUCAGGACCUGCAUAUGUGUAUAUGAUGAUAGAGGCUUUGGCGGAUGGAGGUGUAAAAAUGGGUCUCAUGAGGCCAUUUGCGUACAAAUUAGCUGCUCAAACUGUUCUUGGAGCUGGUACUAUGGUUCGAGAUACGAAGACACAUCCAGGACAGCUUAAAGAUGAUGUAGCAUCGCCAGCAGGCUCUACCAUAGUUGCGUUACAUUAUUUAGAAGAGCACGGAUUGAGAUCAGCUAUAAUUGGAGCAGUUGAAGUGUCAACGAAACGAUGUAAGGAAGUUAGUUCAAAUACAGAGAAAAAUUAGAUUGACAGAAUAAAGGAAGAGUUGUAGUUAUUGAUAAAAAAAACGAAGAAAGUAAGAAAAUACAUUGUUGUAACAGUUAUAGUUGUAGAAAACAAAGUAAAUAGUAAUAGUAUAAUAGUUUCAAUUUAGUAACGAUUAUGUAUAAUUAUCACAAUUGUCAUCUUUUAUAAAAAAUUCCUAACAUAAUAUUCUUGAAAAAUAUUUUGUAUAUUUUGUAUAUAACUCUUUUAACUUGAUAAAUGUUUAUGAUUCAUUGUUGUAUGUUCAAAGAACAAUGUCCAAAAAUUUAAUUUAAGAUCUGUUAUUUUUUUGAUGAUAACAUAUUUUAUAAUGAAAAUGUAUAAAAAUGUAUAUAAUUAUAUUUUAUAUUUAAUGAUAACAUUUUUACGCUUAUGCUUUUAGUAUAAAUGAAAUAAGAACAUGUUCGAAUAUGUUCUUUGUUUAAACAAUUCAUGAUAAAUUAAGACUAUAAAAAUUAUCAUACAAAUUAUAAUUUUUUAUACAUGUAAAAAAAUAAUAUAUAUGUAAAGAUAUAAAAUUAUGGCAUUUUAUACUAUAUUUAAAAAAUAACAUAUUAAAUGUUAUUUUUAUUGUUUUACAUUGAAAUGUUAAAAUAAAUAUUGAAAUUUUAAACGUU